AUGUCACCACCCAGCCAUGAAGUCACCUCUAAUCGCAAGUCUGUAAGCAGGGCACGGGGUCCUCAGGCACCCAAGAUAGUCGUCAAGAAGGAGCCUUCCUCGCCAGACCUUACCACCUCCCGACAUCGACCACGCCGACUCGACCUCUCCGGCGGCAACAGCAUCGUUCACUCGUCCGGCGCCCUCACUGCCCGUCCCUCCGCUCCCCUUACCUCCAAGGACAGUGCAACAAUGCAGGACGUCGGCCUCGCCUGUCUGUCUCCCGGCUUUCACACCCAGGACCCCACCAUGCGUGAGCAGCUUCAGAGGAGUAUCGAGAUGCGGGAGAGGCAGAGGCAAAUUAUCGAGGCACGCCAGAAGCACGGCAAGGGCGGGAAUCAGGACGAGGAUGGAGGACGGCAUGCUGACAUGAACCCAUUCGGCCAGGGCAUGAAGACGCCCACCACCUCUCGAAGGAAGGGACCUCCCCCAGGUCUCUCCAUUGCGCCGCCUUCUCACCAACAAUUUGCCAACGAGCGGGUCAUCCAGUCUGCGCCAAUCAACCAGUCCUUCACCGGCCUGCGCAACAACGUCCCGCCGUCCCGUCACGUCGCCAACGGCCCGUCAAACCUGUCACAGACUUCCCAUAUUCACCACGUCCCUGCAACGCAAACAAAUAACCGACUGCCACCAAUCUCCGAUGUCUUCCCCGGCGAACCUCUUGGUGCUCCUCGCAGCCAUUUCAACAACAGCCCCGGCCAUUCGUCGCAUUCAAACCACCAGCCGCCGCUGCCGUCGCCGAGCGGGUACCCACCUCACCCCCAACAGCAGCAACCUCCGCAGUCUGCUCGCCCACGUGAGUACAAGUCCGCUGAAGAGGCUGUUCACUCACUGUCUGGUGGGCGUGAAGACCUCUUACCCCGCAUUGUUCACUAUGGUGGCCACCAGCCCCCGACUCCACCGUCGCCGAUGCCGAACAAAAAUGCAUCACAGGCUUACCCACCGAAUGCAGAUCUUCAUCGCAGUGGAAGCUCGAGGAGACGAGGCCGAGAUGAGUAUGAGCGAGACAUGGGAACGCCACCACUCGGACGUCAGCAAGCGAGACCCGGGCCAUUCGGCGAGGGUCGUGAUACCCCCGAGACACAGCGAAAGAAGAAGGAAGAGUUCAUUCAACUUUGCGCAAGAGCCUGGGAUCUAUUCCAUUCGUGA